AUGGCGGGAGGUCGGAUAAGAAGAAGACUACAUCUAAGCAACAUCUACGCCUUCGGAGGUUGCAACUCCACAUUUCAAGAAGACCAUUCACAGAUCGGAGGACCAGGCUUCUCUCGUGUUGUCUACUGCAACGAACCAAACUCUCCCGCCUCCCAACGUCGUAACUACCCCGGAAACUACGUCCGGUCAACAAAAUACACUCUAACUUCCUUCAUACCCAAAUCUCUCUUCGAGCAGUUCCGUCGCGUCGCAAACUUCUACUUCCUCGUCACCGGAAUCUUGUCGUUGACUCAAGUCUCUCCCUACGGCCCCGUGAGCGCUCUGUUACCUCUCGGUUUAGUCAUCGCCGCGAGCAUGGUCAAAGAAGGGAUCGAAGACUGGGGAAGAAAAAGACAAGACAUAGAAGUGAAUAACCGUAGAGUGAAGGUUCACGACGGAGAUGGAAUAUUCCGGCAAGAGGAGUGGAGGGAGCUUAGAGUCGGAGAUGUAGUGAGAGUCGAGAAGGACGAGUUUUUUCCGGCGGAUCUUUUGCUUUUGUCGUCUAGCUACGAAGACUCGAUUUGCUACGUGGAGACGAUGAAUCUUGACGGAGAGACGAAUCUGAAAGUGAAGCAAGGCUUAGAGGCGACUUCGUCGGUGUUACAUGAAGAUUCUGAUUUUAAAGAGUUUAGAGGCGUGGUGAGGUGUGAAGAUCCGAAUGCAGAUCUUUAUGCGUUUGUAGGGACGUUACAUUUGGAAGAAGAGAGGUUUCCGUUGUCGGUUCAACAGCUUCUUCUUCGAGACUCGAAGCUUAGGAAUACGGAGUAUGUUUACGGUGCUGUUGUCUUCACCGGACACGACACGAAGGUGAUUCAAAACUCAACCGAUCCUCCAUCAAAGAGAAGCAGAAUCGAGAGAAAAAUGGACAAGAUCAUCUACAUGAUGUUCAGCAUAGUGUUUCUAAUGUCUUUCAUCGGAUCCAUCAUCUUCGGUAUCGAGACAAGAGAGGACAGAGUGAGAAACACAGGAAAAACAGAGAGAUGGUACUUAAAACCAGACGAAGCAGAGAUCUUCUUCGAUCCAGAGAGAGCUCUAAUGGCUUCCAUCACCCAUUUCUUAACUGCGGUUAUGCUCUACAGCUACUUCAUCCCCAUCUCUCUCUACGUCUCUAUCGAAAUCGUUAAAGUUCUCCAGAGCAUUUUCAUCAACAACGACGUUCAAAUGUACUACGAGGAGACUGAUAAACCCGCGCACGCAAGAACAUCGAAUCUCAACGAAGAGCUUGGGAUGGUGGACACGGUUCUGUCGGAUAAAACAGGAACAUUGACUUGCAACUCCAUGGAGUUCAUCAAGUGUUCGAUAGCUGGGACAGGUUAUGGACGAGGUGUGACAGAAGUUGAGAGAUCUAUGGCUAUGAGAAGCGGCGGUUCGGCUUUGGUUGAUGAUUUGGAGGCUGAAGUGGACAAGUCUGGUCCUAAGAUCAAAGGGUUUAACUUCGUGGACGAGAGGGUUAUGAAAGGGAAUUGGGUUAAGCAACGAGAAGCAGAGGUUUUGCAGAAGUUUUUUAGACUGUUAGCUGUUUGUCACACGGCUAUACCUGAAACAGAUGAAGCCACUGGGACUGUCUCUUAUGAGGCUGAGUCUCCUGAUGAAGCUGCGUUUGUUGUCGCGGCUAGAGAACUCGGGUUCGAGUUCUUUAGCCGCACGCAAAACGGGAUAUCAAUCCGUGAAUUGGAUCUUGCAACAGGGCAGAAAGUUGAAAGGGUAUAUCGGUUACUAAACGUUCUUGAGUUCAACAGCGCGAGGAAGAGAAUGUCUGUGAUCGUUCGUGAUGAAGAUGGGAAGCUUCUGUUACUGUCCAAAGGAGCUGACAAUGUUAUGUUUGAAAGACUUGCCAAGAACGGGCGUAAGUUCGAAGAGAAAACAAGAGAGCAUGUUAAUGAAUAUGCAGAUGCAGGAUUAAGGACAUUGAUACUUGCAUACCGCGAGCUUGAUGAGGAAGAGUAUGAAGAAUUCAACAAGAACUUCAAUGAAGCUAAGAGUUCGGUGAGUGAGGAUCGUGAGAGCUUAAUAGAUGAGAUCACUGAUCAGAUGGAGCGUGAUUUGAUUCUCCUUGGUGCUACUGCUGUUGAGGACAAACUUCAAAAUGGGGUUCCCGAUUGUAUAGACAAGCUUGCUCAAGCAGGGAUAAAGAUUUGGGUUCUAACAGGAGAUAAGAUGGAGACUGCAAUCAAUAUUGGAUUUGCUUGUAGUUUACUUAGACAAGAGAUGAAGCAGAUCAUCAUAAAUCUUGACACACCACAUAUCAAAGCAUUGGAGAAAGCUGGAGAGAAAGAUGUGAUUGAACAGGCAUCGAGAGAAAGCGUGGUGAAGCAAAUGGAGGAAGGAAAAUCUCUAAUCACAAAAGGACCAAGCGGUAAAGACUCUCAUGAGGCAUUUGCGUUGAUCAUUGAUGGGAAGUCGCUAACGUACGCUCUUGAAGAUGAUUUCAAGAAGAAGUUUCUUGAUUUAGCCACAGGAUGUGCCUCUGUUAUUUGCUGCAGAUCAUCACCCAAGCAAAAGGCAUUGGUUACACGGUUGGUCAAAAGUGGAACUGGGAAGACAACUUUAGCUAUUGGAGAUGGAGCAAACGAUGUUGGAAUGCUUCAAGAAGCAGACAUAGGUGUAGGAAUCAGUGGUGUUGAGGGAAUGCAAGCAGUUAUGUCUAGCGACAUAGCCAUUGCUCAGUUCAGAUACUUAGAGCGUCUCUUGCUCGUCCAUGGUCACUGGUGUUACUGCAGAAUCUCAUCCAUGAUAUGUUACUUUUUCUACAAGAAUAUCACUUUUGGUGUGACCUUGUUCUUAUACGAAGCCUACACAUCCUUCUCUGCUCAACCCGCUUAUAACGAUUGGUUCCUAUCUCUUUUCAACGUCUUCUUCUCUUCUCUUCCCGUCAUUGCUCUCGGGGUUUUCGAUCAAGACGUCUCAGCUCGCUUCUGUUACAAGUUCCCAUUGCUAUAUCAAGAAGGAGUUCAGAAUCUUCUCUUCAGCUGGAAGAGAAUCAUCGGAUGGAUGUUCAAUGGACUAGCCUCAGCCCUAGCCAUUUUCUUCAUCUGCAAGCAAUCUCAAGAACACCAACUCUACAACCCUAACGGAAAAACCGCCGGUCGAGAAAUCCUAGGAGGGACAAUGUACACUUGUGUAGUCUGGGUGGUCAACCUCCAAAUGGUUUUAGCCAUAAGCUACUUCACUUGGGUCCAACACAUUGUAAUAUGGGGAUCCAUUGCUUUAUGGUACAUAUUCCUCAUGAUGUUUGGAGCCAUGGAUCCCACCUUCUCCACAGAUGCUUACAAAGUCUUCCUUGAAACCCUAGCUCCAGCUCCAUCUUACUGGCUUACCACUCUCUUGGUUAUGAUCUUCGCUUUGAUCCCUUACUUUGUCUUCAAAUCGGUGCAGAUGAGAUACUUCCCUGGUUUCCAUCAAAUGAUUCAGUGGAUCCGGCACGAGGGUCAGUAUAACGAUCCUGAGUUUGUGGAAAUGGUUAGGCAAAGAUCAAUUAAGCCAACGACGGUUGGUUCCACUGCCAGGAGAGCCGCUAGUGUACGGCGUUCCGGUAGGUUUCACGAUCAACUCAGUAAGAAUGUCAUCGCUUUGUCAAGAGAAGAGAAAUAGAAAUAACCCAAUGUUUGUGAAUAUGUACUUUGUACACAAAGAUACAAUCUGGUGAAAGCUAGGUUUACA